AAAAACAAAAUGUUUAGUCUCCGUCAGAAGUGUCCAAAAGGUUUACGGUCUAAGUAACUAUAGCUUUUCACAAGAUACAUUUUCCUAGAGGAAGUGUUUCCGGUACCUUCCGUUUCACCGUCAGGCGUUUCUGUGGACUCGUCUCGCCGACUGAGGACGACAACAUGGCGGCCUCCUUGCGUCUCGGUCGUCAAGGGAUUUUAUUUGGCCUUAGAUUAUCUAGCUUUAAUAAAUGUUUAUGGGCCACACAUCCAUGGCAGGAGCAUGUCAGACACUUCUUUCAGUCACCAUGGUUCCUCGGUGUCAGCGCACUCAAGGUGCAAAUGCCUGCACUCUCCCCCACCAUGGAAGAGGGAAACAUAGUGAAAUGGCUGAAGAAGGAAGGUGAGGCCGUGGCAGCAGGUGACGCCCUUUGUGAAAUUGAGACGGAUAAGGCUGUUGUUACCUUGGAAUCCAAUGACGACGGCGUCUUGGCGAAGAUAAUGAUUGAGGAGGGCAGUCGCAACGUGCCCCUGGGAACUCUCAUUGCCCUUAUGGUGGAGGAAGGGCAGGACUGGAAGCAGGUUGAGAUCCCCCCUCCAGAUGCUGCAGCUCCAUCCGCAGCUCCACCUGCUUCACAAGCAGCCGCUGCCCCAGUUGUUACCACAGCCGCUGCCCCCUCUCCACCUCCUCCACUACCACCAACUAUAUCAGGACCGUUACGUUUGAGUCCAGCAGCGAGACAUAUCCUGGACACCCAUGGCAUAGACCACAAACUGGCCACGCCCACUGGACCAAGAGGACUUAUCACCAAGGAAGAUGCAUUGAAUCUCCUGAAGACAUCCCCUGCUGCCAAAACAACAAUAACAACAGCCGAAGCUGCCCCGCCUCCCCCGAGUCCAGUCCCUGCCUCGGCAGCACCCCCUCCGCCCCCCGGCAGCAGACCCAACAUACCUCCUCUUUCUGUACCAGGGAAACCAGGAGCACCAGGAACUUUCACAGAGAUCCCAGCCACAAAUGUCCGCCGUGUGAUUGCUCAAAGACUAACGCAAUCGAAGACCACAAUCCCCCAUGCGUACGCCUCUGUUGACUGUGACAUGGCUGCUGUCAUGCACCUCCGCAAAGACUUGGCCAAAGAACAAAUCAAAGUGUCUGUUAAUGAUUUCGUUAUCAAGGCGGCUGCUGUUACACUCAAAGAGAUGCCAGAAGUGAACGUGACCUGGUCAGGGGAUGGACCCCGGGCGCUUGAUUCAAUCCAUAUUUCAAUCGCAGUGGCCACAGACAAAGGCCUCAUCACCCCCAUAAUCAAGGAUGCUGCGAACAAAGGAGUCCAGGAGAUCUCAGCUGGUGCCAAGGCACUGGCCCAGAAGGCCCGGGAUGGGAAACUUCUACCUGAGGAGUACCAGGGAGGCUCAUUCAGUAUAUCUAACCUCGGGAUGUUUGGUAUCAGCGGCUUCAGCGCCGUGAUCAACCCCCCUCAGGCGUGUAUCCUCGCCGUCGGGACCUCCAGGUCUGAGCUUCGACUGUGCGAGGAGGACCAGACCCUGCGCACCCUGCAGCUAAUGACAGUUACACUUUCCAGUGACGGACGGCUGGUCGAUGACGAGUUAGCCUCGCGGUUUCUUGAUAAAUUCCGCGCGAACUUAGAAAAACCACAACGCAUGGCUCUAGCCUGAAAAACAAAAGAAUUGAGAUUGCUAUAUGUAAGAGAAGAUAAUGACUAAACAAAAAAAAAAAAAAAACCUUCAUGAUAAAGUCUGGAGUGUGAUUUCACAACCAGAAAGAUCUUUAAAAAAUGGAUUCCUGUCCGUGCUUGGAUGAAGGCUUGUACAUAGUAUAAACUUCUGUUGUGGCUCACUUCACAUAAUCACCAGGCUUUGUGAUGGUGGUGUUACACUGGCCUUCUGCUGAUGGCAGAGUCGAGCAGUGCUGCCAAAUAUUACCAAGAUAAUGGAGCAUCUCAAAUCCUGUUAUGUCUCCCUGAUGUUGUAUAUAUAAAGUGGUUACUCUAGUUCAGGUUCUAUUUUUAAUUCCCAGUGCAUCUGCUCAAAGUCACUAUGAACUGUAAAACCUAUGUUCAUUGGUCUGAGAUAUUUAUUACUGACAUCAGCUCUAUUGCAGUUACUUCUAAGACGACCAGAGUUCAGACCACUUCCAAAAGUAUUACAAUGUUCAUGUUAAUAUGUUUUAACUUAUUUCAAACAGAGGCUUUGACAUCGCUGAAAACCAAUUCUUCAAGUCCAUGUGUGCACAACAUAAAAUAAAAUUGUUUAGUUUUUUGUUUCCUUAGAUGCCAAUAAAACACAUUGUUCAACCUUGA